UCCAUGGAAGAGCCUAAUCUACCAUAGCAAGCCAUAUCCUAUAUCUCUUGAAAACACACCAUGACGACGUCCUUACUAAACAAACCAUUCUUCUCGUUCUUUCUCCACAUCCUGUUUUUGCUCCUUCACAUAUUCAACUUUUCUUCUUACUUUACUUUAGCUGAACACACUCCCUCCACAACUUCACUGUUUGGUAAUAAUACAGAAGCUGAGGCUCUUCUCAAAUGGAAAGCCAGUCUUGACAACCGAAGCCAAUCUCUCCUUUCUUCUUGGGUCGGCAUUAGCCCAUGCAUUAACUGGAUUGGAAUCACUUGUGGCAAUUCUGGAAGCGUCACCAAUUUGAGCCUUGCAGACUUUGGCUUGAGAGGUACGCUUUAUGAUUUCAACUUCUCGUCCUUCCGUAAUCUUUUUGUUCUUGACCUUCAGAACAAUUCUCUUUCUGGAACCAUCCCACAUGAAAUUGGAAAGAUGACGUCUCUUUUCGCUAUUUCUUUAGCUGAAAAUAAUUUCACUGGUUUCAUCCCCUUCUCUGUUGGAAAUUUAACAAACCUAUCCAAACUUCAUCUUUGGGAUAACAAACUUUCUGGUUCCAUUCCUCAAAAAAUUGGAUUGCUAAAGUCUCUCGAUCAACUUGAUUUGUCAUAUAAUAUUUUAACUGGUGAAAUCCCUUAUUCCAUUGGAAACUUGAGAAACUUAUCUUUGCUUCACCUUGCUCAGAACCAACUCUCUGGUUGCAUCCCUUCUUCUAUUGGAAACAUGACCAUGCUCGUUGAUAUAUCAGUACAACAAAAUAAUCUCACUGGUUUGAUCCCAUCCUCUAUUGGAAACUUGACAAGCCUAUCCUUCCUUUAUCUUUGGGAUAAUAAACUCUCUGGUUCCAUUCCUCAAGAAAUUGGGUUGCUAGAAUCUCUCAAUGAAAUCGACUUGUCAAGCAAUGUUUUGACCGGUAGAAUUCCUUAUUCCAUUGGAAACUUGAGAAACUUAUCUUUCCUUUACAUUUUUCAUAACCAACUCUCUGGUCCCAUCCCUUCUUCUAUUGGAAACACGACCAUGCUCAUUGAAGUACAACUAGAUGACAAUAAUCUCACUGGUUUGAUCCCCUCUUCUAUUGGAAAUUUGAGAAACCUAUACAAACUCUAUCUUUGGGAUAACAAAAUUUCUGGUUCCAUUCCUCAAGAAAUUGGGUUGUUAGAGUCUCUCAGUGAACUUACCUUGCUAAAUAAUGUUUUAACCGGUAGAAUUCCUAAUUCAAUUGGAAACUUGACAACUCUCACUACACUUGAUCUAAGUAUAAACAAACUUCACGGCCCAUUGCCCGUAGAGAUGAAAAAUCUCACCCAAUUGAUUGCUUUGGAUAUUGGUUUCAAUGAACUCACGGGUCAUUUGCCACUAGAGUUAUGCCAUGGAGGAGUAUUGGAAAACUUUACUGCUUGCUACAACAACUUCUCAGGUUCAAUCCCGAAAAGUUUGAAAAACUGUACUCGUUUACACCGAGUAAGACUUGAAUCGAAUGAAUUAACAGGAAAUGUUUCAGAGGUUUUUGGUGUCUAUCCACAUCUGGAUUAUAUUGAUUUGAGUUACAAUAAUUUUUAUGGUGAGCUUUCUUCAAAAUGGGGAGGUUGUCGUAACAUGACAAGCCUUAGAAUCUCAAACAAUAAUCUUUCUGGUGAGAUACCACCAGAGCUUGGGAAGGCUACUCAAUUACGCUGGAUUGAUCUGUCAUCAAAUCAGUUAAAAGGAGCCAUCCCAAAAGAUUUAGGGGGGUUGAAGUUGUUGUACAAGCUUAUUCUUAACAACAACCAUCUUUCAGGUGCCAUUCCCUUAGAUAUUCAGAUGCUUUCCAAUCUUCAAAUUCUUAAUUUAGCAUCUAAUAAUCUGAGUGGAUUGAUUCCAAAACAACUUGGGGAAUGCUCAAAUUUAUUUUUGCUGAACCUCAGCGGUAAUAAAUUUAGAGAAAACAUUCCACGUGAGAUAGGCUUUCUACUUUCUCUUCAAGAUCUUGAUCUUAGCUGCAAUUUCCUGACUCGAGAGAUACCGCGGGAACUUGGGAAAUUGCAAAAGUUGGAAACUCUGAAUGUCUCUCACAACAUGCUUUCUGGACGGAUUCCGAGCACUUUCAAAGACAUGUUAAGCUUAACAGCUGUGGAUAUAUCAUCCAAUAAGCUACAAGGCCCCAUUCCCGAUAUCAAAGCCUUCCACAACGCUUCAUUUGAGGCAUUAAGGGAUAAUAUGGGUAUAUGUGGCAACGCCAGUGGUCUAAAGCCGUGCAAUCUUCCAAAAAGCAUCAAAACUGUUAAGAGAAAGAGCAACAAACUUGUGAUUUUGAUUGUACUCCCUCUUUUAGGAAGCUUGCUUUUAGUGUUUGUUGUGAUUGGAGCUUUAUUCAUUCUCCGCCAAAGAGCUAGGAAGAGAAAAGAUGAGCCGGAAAAUGAGCAAGAUCGAAACAUAUUCACGGUAUUGGGCCAUGAUGGGAAGAAGUUGUAUGAGAAUAUCGUUGAAGCUACAGAGGAAUUCAACUCCAACUACUGUAUCGGCGAAGGAGGAUAUGGAACUGUUUAUAAAGCCGUGAUGCCAACAGAAGAGGUGGUUGCUGUGAAGAAACUUCACCGGUCACAAACAGAAAAGUUGUCCGAUUUUAAAGCUUUUGAAAAGGAAGUUUGCGUGUUGGCAAAUAUUCGACAUCGAAAUAUUGUGAAAAUGUAUGGAUUUUGCUCACAUGCAAAGCAUUCUUUUUUGGUUUAUGAGUUCAUUGAAAGAGGAAGCUUGAGAAAGAUUAUAACCAGUGAGGAACAAGCAAUUGAGUUCGAUUGGAUGAAAAGGCUAAAUGUUGUAAAAGGGGUGGUUGGAGCUUUAUCAUAUCUACACCAUUCUUGCUCUCCUCCAAUCAUUCAUCGAGACAUUACCAGCAACAAUAUCCUUCUGGACUUGGAAUAUGAAGCACACGUCUCCGACUUUGGCACAGCUAGACUGUUGAUGCCUGACUCAUCCAAUUGGACCUCAUUUGCAGGUACUUUUGGAUAUACGGCUCCAGAGCUAGCUUACACAAUGAAAGUGACUGAAAAAUGUGAUGUCUAUAGCUUCGGAGUGGUAACAAUGGAGGUGAUGACAGGAAGGCACCCAGGCGACCUCAUUUCAGCACUCUUAUCACCAGGAUCUUCGUCGUCAUCAUCGAUGCCACCGAUUGCUCAACAUGCACUAUUGAAGGAUGUGUUAGACCAACGCAUCUCGCUUCCUCAAAAAGGAGCAGCAGAGGGCGUUGUCCACAUGAUGAAAAUUGCACUUGCAUGCUUGCAUCCCAAUCCCCAAUCUCGGCCUACAAUGGAAAAAAUUUAUUUGGAUCUUACAGCUAAGUGGCCUCCACUGCCCAAGGCAUUUUGCACAAUAAGUUUGGGAGAUCUCUUCUCAUAGUGUUUAGCUACUUCUUUUCAAUUGUCAAUUGGAACAAUAAAUUUUUGUAAUAUGAAUUUCAUCAUCAAACUUUAUUUCUUUCAAA